UUCGUCAGGCAUUUUUUCGGUCUGCUAACAAACCGGUGGGUCCUUGAAAACGCAGUCCAGCGCUGCUGCAGCCGGCCGAUCCUGUGACAGCGAGUAGGUGCCGGCAAAGACAAAACUCCAGUACAGAAUAUAAUGGCGUCCAUGUUGCUGAACACGAUGCGGGCCGGCUCUGUCAGCCCUUCCUGGGCGGUGCGGUUGGGGGCUCGCUCUCUCAGCACGACGGCCCAGCUUCACGCUCAAGUCCAGACAAAGAGCAAGAAGACUCUAUCUCGGCCCGGUGUGAAGAACAUAGUUCUGGUGGAAGGAGUUCGAACCCCUUUCCUGCUGUCCGGAACCACAUAUGCUGAUCUAAUGCCACAUGACUUGGCCAGGGCAGCUCUGCAAGGUCUGCUGCAGAGGACUGGUUUGUCCAAAGACGCCGUGGACUACAUAAUCUAUGGAACAGUCAUCCAGGAAGUCAAAACCAGCAACGUGGCAAGAGAGGCGUCACUGGGUGCCGGCUUCUCUGACAAGAUCCCGUCUCACACAGUCACCAUGGCCUGCAUUUCCUCCAAUGUGGCAAUGACGUCCGCUGUCGGUCUGAUUGCUGCAGGCCAGUGUGACUCGGUGGUUGCCGGAGGAGUGGAGUUCAUGUCUGAUGUUCCUAUCCGCCAUAGCCGUAAGAUGAGGAAGACCAUGCUGUCCCUCAACAAGGCGAAGACCCUCGGCCAGAGGCUGAGUCUGAUAGGCAGCAUCAGGAUGGCACAUCUCUCCCCAGAGCUUCCCGCCGUGGCGGAGUUCUCCACGGCUGAAUCCAUGGGCCACAGUGCCGACCGACUGGCUGCUGCAUUUGGGGUCUCCAGAGUGGAGCAGGACGAGUUCGCUCUGCGGUCACACACUCUGGCCAAAAGUGCCCAGGACGCAGGUCUGCUGAAGGAUGUCAUCUCCUUUAAAGUGCCAGGUCGUGAUAUUGUUUCCAAGGACAACGGCAUCCGCCCAUCGUCCAUGGAGCAAAUGGGAAGAUUGAAGGCCGCCUUUAUUAAACCGCACGGCACAGUCACCGCCGCCAACUCCUCCUUCCUGACCGACGGGGCCUCUGCUGUGCUCGUCAUGUCUGAAGAGAAGGCCUUGGCUAUGGGUUACAAGCCUAAAGCGUACCUCAGAGACUUUGUCUACGUGUCCCAGGACCCCAAAGAUCAGCUGCUGCUGGGGCCAACAUACGGUACACCGAAGGUCCUGGAACGAGCCGGCUUGGCCAUGAGUGACAUCGACGUCUUUGAGUUCCACGAGGCAUUCGCAGGGCAGAUAAUGGCAAAUCUGAAGGCUAUGGACUCCGAUUGGUUUGGCCAGACGUACCUGGGCAGAAAAUCAAAGGUGGGAGCUCCUCCCAUGGAGAAGUUCAACCUGUGGGGGGGCUCUCUAUCUCUGGGUCAUCCGUUCGGGGCCACCGGCUGCAGGCUGGUAACCACAGUUGCACACCGGCUGCAGAAGGAGGGAGGACAGUACGGUCUGGUGGCGGCUUGUGCUGCCGGAGGACAGGGUCAUGCCAUGGUGAUCGAGGCCUACCCCCAGUGAAACACCACCUGGUAAUCAGGUUCACCGUGACAGCUACACACACACACACACACACACGCACUAACACACAACUGAGUGUACAUACUAGUGCCACUUUGCCUUCAUCAGAAAAGAGUUGGAAAUGGUAUGCGAGUGUGUUUUUACAGGGAUCUUGUGUGAAUUCAACCUGGCUGAGAGUCUGUUCAAUUACAGCAGAAUGUUGUCACGAAAAGUUGCGUAUGAUAUUAUGGACUUGGUGCAUCACGUCAGCGGCGUCACUGAGUGGAAUGUAACAUAGCAAAGUUUAAGCACUCAGAAGAGAUUCAGAGAUCCUAAUGUUUGUAUAGGCUGUAAUAUUUUUUUUCUUCUUAUGAACUGUUGGAAUUAAAGUGUGUGCUGAUAAACACA